GGUGGAAGAUGGGUACUGGGGGCGGGGGGUACGGUGAGAAGUAGGGGUAGCUGGAAUCGGAGCACUUGGUGGGGAGACCCAACAGGUGAGGACGUGGUUGGGGGAUGGGUGGGUGGGAGGAGUAGGAAGAUGUAGGAAAAACAGAGGAAUUCGGGGGAAACCCAGGAGGGAACUGGGGUUCCUAUCCACUUGGAAAAUGACUUGUCCGGGAAGAAUGGGAGAGCUGGCUGGGGGCACGGGAAAGCAAGCGGAAUGUUUGCUGGUGAGUUGUCCGGGCCGCUGGCCGCUGAGUAGAAGCCCGGGCCAAGCUGCGGGGCAUGGAAGACAUUUUACAACCAGUCCAGAAGUGGGAGGCCAAGAGUGGGGUGGAGGCCACAGUGCAGAGCCUGGUUGGCUUUCCCGGGACCCCAGCCGGGCCCCUGACCCCAGCCGGACCCCUGACCCCAGCAGGCUGUGACUACCCUAGAUCCUCUGGGGCUGGGGCCGCUCUACCCCAGGGCUCGCUCUGUACACCCUAGGGACUCGCAGGCUCUCUGGCUUCUCCUGGGUCUGGCCUCUAGGGCUGGGGAAGGGAAAGCCUGGCAAACCCUGGGCCCCAAGGACCAUGAAUGGGAAGCCCUGGGGUGCAGCACCUGGGUAGGGCUGAGGGCUGCCUGGCAGCAUCACAGAGGGAAAGGUGCCAGCCGGAGGGAAAGGUGCCAGCAGCCUGCCAGGGGACCUGCCCAGACCUGGAGGAUGCUGGGGGUGGGAGCCUUCCACCAGGUGGGGGAGGCCACCCCUCCUCUCCCAGUGCCUGACUCACGUGCUGCCCAAGCCGUGCUGGGAGGCCGAGUGGAGAAAGAGAUGUAAGGUCUCCAGUUUCCAGGGUUCACAGAGGCUGGGGAAAUGGCAAGGAAUCGUGCAUGGGGGUUCCCUGGGAGCCGCUGUGUGUGGUUCUGAAUCAGGUUUUGCCCUUCACGGGCUUCGUGCCCCUGAGCAAGCCUGUCUGGGAUCCCAGGGGUCCCGGCUUGUCCCUGUGGGGUGCAGGCGUUGAGAUCUCGUUAUUAGCCUCAGGGCUAGGGAAGGAGAACAGAGGAGGCUGAGCCGUGGGGCCUCUUCCUUUCCCAUUUUCCUGACAUCUUAUUCCAAGUGGAUAGGAGCCCCAGUUCCCUCCCAGCUCAGCCUUCUGAGCACUCACGGAACCCCGGGUUUCCCUGGAAUUCCUCCGCCUUCCUUAAGAUCUUCCCACUGCUCUGCCCCACCCUCCCUGUGUCCUCACCUGUCGGGUCUCCCCACCCAGUGCUCCCGGGCUCUUCCAGGGUUCCCACCCCGGCCCUGGAGGGCCCUGAUUCCUCAGGGCGACAGGAGCUUUGGUCUCUGGGCCCCUCCCCUACUUACCUGUUCUCCCCUCUCCUCCUUUGCUGUCCUCCUGGCCUUUCUCUAACUGUGGGGUUUCUUCUGGUCCCGAGGAUUGGCCAACUCUGUGUGCUGCCGUGCAUUUUGCACUUAGGUCUGGUGGUGCUCCGGGAGCGGUUUCAGCAGGUGUCAUGUGAGCCAAACCCCGAUCGUCCAGAAGAGUGAGCGCUGAAAGCUGCCACCCACUCAGAAGGCUCUGUGGGGCUUGCUGGACUGUGGACACCCCCAGGCCCCUCUGCCUGGGCCCCCGUGGAUAGGAGGGGCCGGGCACGCAGGCCGUGGGCUAUGGUUUGGUGCCUUGGUGUGGCCAUCCUCAGCCUGAUCAUCAGCCAGGGGGCUGACGGUCGAGGGAAGCCUGAGGUGGUGUCCGUGGUGGGCCGGGCUGGUGAGACUGCAGUGCUGGGCUGUGACCUGCUGCCCCCCGCCGGCCGCCCACCCCUGCAUGUCAUUGAGUGGCUGCGUUUUGGAUUCCUGCUUCCCAUCUUCAUCCAGUUCGGCCUCUACUCUCCCCGCAUCGACCCUGAUUACGUGGGGCGAGUCCGGCUGCAGAAAGGGGCAUCCCUCCAGAUUGAGGGGCUCCGAGCGGAAGACCAGGGCUGGUACGAGUGCCGCGUGCUCUUCCUGGACCAGCACAGCCCUGAGGACGACGCUGCUAACGGCUCCUGGGUGCACCUCACGGUCAAUUCGCCCCCUCAGUUCCUGGAGACGCCUCCCCAGGUGCUGGAAGUGCGGGAACUUGAGCCUGUGACCCUGCGUUGUGUGGCCCGGGGCAGCCCGCAGCCUCGUGUGACCUGGAAGCUCCGAGGACAGGACCUUGGCCAGGGCCAGGGUCAGGUGCAAGUGCAGAAUGGGACGCUGUGGAUCCGACGGGUGGAGCGAGACAGCUCCGGAGUCUACACCUGCCAAGCCUCCAGCACCGAGGGCAGCACCUCCCACGCCACCCAGCUGCUGGUGCUAGGUCCCCCCGUCAUCGUGGUACCCCCCAGGAACAGCACGGUCAACGCCUCCCAGGAUGUUUCCCUGGCCUGCCGGGCUGAGGCGUACCCCACUAACCUCACCUAUAGCUGGUUCCAGGACAGCACCAAUGUGUUCCACAUCAGACGGCUGCAGCCCCGCGUGCGGAUCCUGGUGGACGGGAGUCUGCGACUGCAGGCCGCCCAGCCUGAUGACGCGGGCCGCUACACCUGCGUGGCCAGCAACGGCCUCCUGCGCCCGCCCUCGGCCUCUGCCUACCUCACGGUGCUCUACCCAGCCCAGGUGACAGCGAUGCCUCCGGAGACACCCCUCCCCGUGGGCAUGCGGGGGGUGAUCCAGUGCCCGGUCCGGGCUAACCCCCCACUGCUCUUUGUCAGCUGGACCAAGGAUGGGCAGGCCCUGCAGCUGGAUAAGCUCCCUGGCUGGUCCCAGGGCCCGGAGGGCUCACUGAUCAUCGCCCUGGGGAAUGAGGACGCUCUGGGAGAGUACUCCUGCACGCCCUACAACAGUCUUGGUACCGCUGGGCCCUCCCCGGUGACCCGCGUGCUGCUCAAGGCUCCCCCAGCUUUUCUAGAACGGCCCAAGGAAGAAUAUUUCCAAGAAGUAGGGCGGGAGCUACUCAUCCCCUGCUCCGCUCAAGGAGACCCCCCUCCUGCUAUCUCUUGGGCCAAGGUGGGCCGGGGGCUGCAGGCCCGGGCCCAGGUGGACAACAGCAGCAGCCUCAUCCUGCGGCCACUGACCAAGGAGGCCCAUGGGCGCUGGGAGUGCACCGCCAGCAACGCUGUGGCCCGAGUGGCCACCUCCACACAUGUCUACGUGCUGGGCACCAGCCCCCACGUUGUCACCAAUGUGUCCGUGGUGCCUUUACCCAAGGGUGCCAAUGUCUCCUGGGAGCCUGGCUUUGAUGGCGGCUAUCUGCAGAGGUUCAGUGUCUGGUAUACCCCGCUGGCCAAGCGUCCUGACCGAACCCACCAUGACUGGGUGUCCCUGGCAGUGCCUGUGGGGGCUGCUUACCUCCUCGUGCCCGGGCUGCAGCCCCAAACCCAGUACCAGUUCAGCGUCCUGGCGCAGAACAAGCUGGGGAGUGGGCCCUUCAGCGAGAUCGUCUUGUCUGCCCCGGAAGGGCUUCCCACCACACCGGCGGCCCCCAGGCUUCCGCCUACUGAGAUGCCUCAGCUCCUCUCACCUCCCCGAGGCCUGGUAGCAGUGAGGACACCCCGGGGGGUGCUCCUGCAUUGGGAUCCCCCAGAACUGGUCCCUGAGACGCUGGACGGCUAUGUCCUGGAGGGACGGCAAGGCUCCCAGGGCUGGGAGGUGCUGGACCGCGUCGCGGCAGGCACGGAAGCGCAGCUGCUGGUGCCAGGGCUCAUCAAGGACGUACUGUACGAGUUCCGGCUCGUGGCCCUGGCCGGUAGCUAUGUCAGCGAUCCCAGCAACACGGCCAACGUCUCCACUUCCGGCCUGGAAGUCUACCCCUCGCGCACACAGCUGCCCGGCCUCCUGCCCCAGCCGGUCCUGGCCGGCGUGGUGGGCGGGGUCUGCUUCCUGGGCGUGGCUGUCCUCGUGAGCAUCCUGGCCGCCUGCCUGACCAACCGGCGCAGGGCAGCCCGUCGCCGCCGCAAGCGCCUCCGCCAAGAUGCGCCUCUUAUCUUCUCUCCUCCCGGGAAGUCAGCUCCACACUCUGCCCCGGGCUCAGGCAGCCCUGAUAGCGUGGCGAAGCUGAAGCUCCAGGGUUCCCCAGUCCCCAGCCUGCGCCAGAGUCUACUCUGGGGGGAGCCUGCUGGCCCCCCCAGCCCCCCUCCGGAUCCUCCGCCUAGUCGGGGGCCCUUACCCCUGGAGCCCAUCUCUCGGGGACCAGAUGGACGCUUUGUGAUGGGACCCAAUGUGGGAACCCCCGAAGAAAGGUCAGUCUCUGAAGGAGCUGAACCUCGGACCCCGGCCCAGCGCCAGGUCAGGUCCUACGACUGCAGCAGCAGCAGCCCCAGCGGGCAGCCCCAGCCACUCCGCAUUGCAGACAUCAGCCCCGUGGGGCCCCCUCCCGCAGCACCACCUAGUCCUCGGCCUGCUCCGGGACCCUUGCUCCAGUACCUGAGCCUGCCCUUCUUCCGGGAGAUGAAUGUGGACGGGGACUGGCCCCCUUUUGAGGAGCCUGCGCCUGCUCCACCCCCAGAUUACAUGGAUACUCGGCCCUGCCCCACUUCCUCUCUCCUUCAUCCCCUGGACCCCGACACUGUGUCUCCCGGGGCAGUGCUUCCUGGGGCUGCGAUGGGGGCCGGGGCCGCCCCAGAGCCCCUGUACACAGCACUGGCUGACUGGACGCUGAGGGACCGGCUGCUGCCUAGCCUCCUCCCUGCCGCCCCUCGGGGCAGCCUCACCAGCCAGAGCAGCGGACGGGGCAGUGCCUCGUUCCUUCGGCCCCCCUCUACAGCCCCCUCUGCAGGAGGCAGCUACCUCAGCCCUGCUCCCGGAGACACCAGCAGCUGGGCCAGUGGCCCUGAGAGGUGGCCCCGGAGGGAGCAUGUAGUGACAGUCAGCAAGAGGAGGAGCACAUCUGUGGAUGAGAACUACGAGUGGGACUCAGAAUUCCCUGGGGACAUGGCACUGCUGGAGACUCUGCACCUGGGCUGGGCUGGCCCUCGGCCCCGACCUGAAGCUGAGCCAGAGCUAGAUGUGAAGACUCCAGUGGAGGGCAGCCUCCCUAGCACGGCCCGUGCUCCAGGCCCCGAAGCUCGGUGCGCUGCCCUCCGGGAGGAGUUCCUGGCUUUCCGGCGCCGCAGAGAUGCCACUAGGGCCCGGUUACCAGUGUACAGACAGCCAGUGCCCCAUCCUGAACAGGCCACCCUGCUGUGAAAGCUGGGUGAAGAUACACAGACUGGGCAGAGGAGGGUCCAUGGAGACCCAGCUCCAGCCCUGAGCCCUGGCCUGCCCCUUUGGUGCUCAGACAUAGCCCUGAUGGUGGGUUGGGAGGGUUUGGCAGAUGUCUGUGCUGGGCCCCUAGAGCCUGGGGACUGGAGCAGGGAUCUUAGGUCUGCCCGUGUUUGUGUGUGUGUGUGUGUGUGUGUGUGCGCGUGCGCGCGCGCGUGCGUGCCGGCUCGGUGAUGGUGAUGGUAUUUGUGGUGUGGGUGAGGUUUUUUACAUGUGAAUAAAGAAAUUCUGAAAAA